AUGGCCGACCCCCCACCACCCGCUCCCGCUCCUCGGGGAGUUCUGUCUCUCUACGAUAACAUCGAGGACCCGAACGACCCCAAUCCCCCGGGAACGAUAUCCGCGGCGCCAGUCGUCUACAAGCAAGAGCAAACCUCGUCGGCGGAGGCCAAAAAGACCACCAACCCAGCUCUGCUGUUUCAACCUCAGAUUCGACGCCCCCAGCCGAAGCAAGCAAAGGGCUUCAAGGGCGGCUUUCCGCCGAAGAUCAUCCCUACCGGGGCAGCUUCCGGCGCUGUGCCUCCCGUAGCAGCAAAGACUACUCUGGCGGAUUGGGCGCCAACGGAAGAAGACGAAUGGAUGUACGGCACAGGUGAGAAACGCCAGCGCGGCGGUCGAAAGAACAAGAAGAAGAAGCAGCAGCAGGACGCCCGGCAGGAAACUAAUUGGGAAGGCUUCUAUGAUGCCAGCAAGCCAACUGGCGUCGAUGAGUACGUCAAAGGCGAUGAGAAGAUAGGCGAAGUCCUUGACUGGAGGGAGUUUGUUCUUCAGCGUGGAAGACGCCGCUGGAGUGAGUCUACCAGCGAUGACGAGGAGCACGGCCGACAUAUGCCAAGCCAGUUUGCCCCUCCACCUUCGGACUCGUUUGCACCUCCCGCGAUUUCCCCCCCGAAGCCUUCACCAGACGACCAGACCGGUGAGGAUGCAUUCUCCCGCAGGGCUGCCAUGGCCUCAUCGCACGCUCACUCAUCUCUCUCCCUUUCCCCCGCGCCGCCUAUUGCUACUGCGCCGCCUCCUCCGCCCCCGCAGUUUGUCCAAGCAACACCGUCUCCCCCACCGACCGACGGUGCGGUCAUCUCUCGGGCUCCCGUGCGAUACAAUGUACAACAGCCUACUGAAGCUAACGAUCGCGGUGGAGAUUCGUUCUCCCCAACUAUGCUCGGCUCUGGCGAGGAAGGCGACGAUCAACAGCCUAGAUCGAAGCGGCCAGGCCAGGCGGGCUUCGCGCAACGCCUCAUGAGCAAGUACGGAUGGACGAAGGGCACGGGCCUUGGCGCCAACGAGUCCGGGAUCGUCAAUCCUCUUCGUGUGCAGGUCGAGAAGCGCCGUAAGAAGGCGGAUGCCGAUGGUGGCGGCUGGGCUGAGCCUGGUGGAAAGGGAAAGAUCCUGGGCGGCAAGCGAAAGGAUGAGGAUGGCAAGUUUGGCAAGAUGUCUGAAGUUAUAGUUCUCCGCAACAUGCUGGAGAACAUGCCUGAUCUCCAGUCUGAGAUCGCAAACGGCCUUGGCCAGGAGAUUGGCGAGGAGUGCGGAGAAAAGUACGGCCGUGUGGAGCGCCUCUUCAUCGAUCAGAACGCUCGGCAGGUCUUUAUCAAGUUCACCGAUCAGGUGUCCGCUCUUCGAGCUGUCAACGAGCUCGACGGACGCAUCUUCAACGGCAACACCAUUAUGCCAAAGUUUUACGACGUCGAGAAUUUCGAGCGCGGCGUUUACACCGCCGAAUAG